AUGAGUGCUUCAAGGUUUAUAAAGUGUGUCACCGUCGGUGACGGCGCCGUCGGCAAGACUUGUCUGCUCAUCUCCUACACUAGCAACACUUUCCCCACUGAUUAUGUGCCAACUGUGUUUGAUAAUUUCAGUGCCAAUGUGAUUGUCGAUGGGAACACAAUCAACUUGGGAUUGUGGGACACUGCAGGACAAGAGGACUAUAACAGACUAAGACCGUUGAGCUAUCGCGGGGCUGAUGUGUUCUUGCUUGCAUUCUCUCUCGUUAGCAAAGCUAGCUAUGAAAAUGUUGCUAAAAAGUGGGUUCCUGAACUUAGACAUUAUGCUCCCGGUGUUCCCAUCAUUCUUGUUGGAACAAAGCUCGAUCUUCGAGACGAUAAGCAGUACUUUAUCGAGCACCCUGGAGCUGUGCCUAUAUCUACUGCCCAGGGUGAAGAACUGAAGAAGUUAGUUGGGGCUCCUGCUUAUAUAGAAUGCAGUGCAAAGACACAACAGAAUGUAAAAGCUGUGUUUGAUGCGGCUAUCAAAUUAGUUCUCCAGCCACCCAAAAACAAGAAGAAGAAGAGAAAAUCUCAGAAAGGCUGCUCUAUAUUGUGA